CUUAAAUGACUUCUAAGAUUUUUGUCCAGUCGCAUUGAAAUUGUCACUAAUCGAAACUUUAUAGCAAUGCUUUUUAUGUCGUUCAUCGAAUAUCGCAUAAAUACCAGGGAAUUUUUUGUUUAGUUAAAUUUUUUUAAUGUCAGACACUUUUAUAUCAUUUCUCUUAUACGCAAGAUUUUUAAAAAACUUUCGUGAUAUGCCGUUAUCAUUGCACAACCCGUUCGUUCAAGAUGUUGAGGAUGCACCAUUAUCGACGUUCGACACUUUUCACACCGUGGUAAAGAGUGUAUAUGGCAUAGGGACUUUGUGCAUGCCAAUUGCCUUUGCUUGCACUGGUUAUGUUGGAGGAAUACUUCUUACAAUUUUCCUCUCUUGUUUAUACAUCUACGGUAUUCAUCUAACCGUUAAGUGUAUGGCAGAGGUGAGUGAUCGCGUCAGUGGUGAAGUAACAAUGGGUAAGGCAUAUGCAUAUGUCUCAAAGAGUAGAAUACUUGGUCACUUCGUGAAUGUGCUGCUUAUUCUACUGCAUACAUCGAUUGCCGUUUUGUAUAUCUAUUUUAUUUCCGAAAAUUUAAAGUCAGUGUCAUGUUUUAUAUGGGAGACCGAAGUAGAUACUCGAAUAAUAGUGGCCGUCGUUACUAUAUGUAUUAUACCCGUGUUCCUUAUACGGGAUGUUCAGUAUCUGGUACCUCUUAAUAUUGCUGGUAACGUUUUAACUUUGCUGAUAAUUGGAUAUGUCAUUGUCGACAGGAUAGAAAUGAUUAUUUUUGGAAUGCGAAAGUUUGAGAUGGCAGGAUCUGUCAUCAAAUACGACGUCGAUCUAUUUGUUGGCUGCUCUGUCCUUUCGUUUAGCUCGGUCGGCGUGAUGGUAAAGAUAGCCUCAAAGAUGGCUGAGCCUGAAAAGUAUCUGGGAUGGUGGGGAACGCUAAAUCGAGCCGCUUGCUUUGUACUCUGUACAAAUGUGAUAUGGGGUGUGAUCAGUUACGGUAUUUUGGGCGAUACACAAUACUUUCCAUUCCUCGAGAAUUACUCCUUUUCAUAUGGGCUAGAAUAUAAAUUGGUGGCGGCUGCUCUUGUCUAUUUGACUUAUCCGUUGAAUGGCUAUGUCGUCGUUGACACCAUUUUCAACGAAUAUAUCAACAAAACCGGUGACCUGAAUCAUCCGCUACGGAUUGAAUUUAUUGUUCGGAUUAUAUUCCUAUUGAUCUCAGGAUGUUGUGCCCUUGCUCUUUCAUUUGCAUUACCGAUUAUCAAGUACAUCUGUGGGCUUGCCUUUACAUUAUUGAAUGUGGCAUUUCCAGCUUAUAUGCAACUUACCUUGGGCUAUGACGAAUAUGAUCGAAAGUGGCUGUGGAGGGUGUUGCACAUUUCUAUUGUGCUGCUAGGAAUAUUGGUUGCGUACUGUAUAGGGAGUAGUGCAUACUAUGAUUCGAAAAUCUAUUACACUGACAAGGAACCGUUUUGGAUAAAACCGAAUGUUGAAAUCAAUUAGAUAGUAGUAUUCAUUAUAAAUUCGCAGUUUAUCGGCAUAAUAAUAAACAAGUAACAGGCUUAAGCUG